GGUUUCACCGUAGCCAUGGACGGGAGUACGUCACGUCCCUAUCUCCACCGCUACUUAACCAAUCGGUCAUGCCGGGGUAGGGACGCCCGCCUCCAGCCGCAGCACACUCAUCGCUACAGCGGUGCGGCCUCGCCCCACCCACCCACCUCCACCACCGCCGAAAAAGAAGAUCCAGAGGAAGCGGCGGCCGGCAGCGAUCGACUGAGGAUGCCGUCUCCGGGGCCGGCGGCCCUGCUCGUCGCGGCCGUGUUCCUGUGGUGGUCGGCGGCCGGCGCGCUGGCGGACGGCGGCAACGGCACGGUGUGCCUGUGCACGGGCCCGCAGUGCGUGCCGCCGUGCCCCGUCCCGGGGACGACGUCGCCCACGCAGUUCCCCUUCUGCCCGCAGCGGCCAGCGGCGGUCGGGCCCUUCCCCUGGGAGCAGCAGCCGCCGGCGGCGCCGAGGUCGGGGUCGGGGUUCCCUCAGGACGCGGGGUUCCUCGCGGCGGCGGCCUCGUGCCCCGGUAGCACGGCGACGCGGCUGGCGGUGGCCGCCGCGUGCUCUGCUCUCUUGCUCCUCCUGCACUAGUGACCCUCUGUCUCUGGCUCGCUCGUCCACUCCUGUAGAUUGAUGGAUGGAUGUAGGUGCGAGCUCAUCAGGGAUGUCCAAAUCUAUAUGAUAUACUCUACUUAUGUAUGUAAUUCUAGGUCUUGGUUUCAAUUCAGUAGGAUAAUAUGAACGAACAAUCUAAGAAGGAUUGGUUGGGUUCCACCUUUCUGCAUCAUGUUCUUGUUGCUCUGAUUGAUUAGUUCGUUCAUGGAGGCCAUAACUUCACCUUUUCGCUGU